CUCACGCUCUAAUCUAUAUGAUUUACAGGUUUGGGGGGCGAGAGGCAGGUUGGAAAUCACAGCUUAUCGGAUGGAGCCAGACGAUCCUUGAAGACCAAGAGGAAGGCCAAGAUUUGCUGGUCUUCAACGCUGAUCAUUCUCUCAGCUCGAGUCGCCUCCUCUCCGCCCCCUGCAGGCCGACCAGGGAGCUGCUCAGGGGCCGAGUUGGGCCGGGAGCACGGAGCCUACAGCUCUGGCCCGCUGGGCUGUGGCGGCGGUUCCCCCGGCUGCAGGCCGGCCACCCGGGCGCGGGGACAGCGGGCCAUGGCGCGGGUGCUGAUCGUGGGCGCCGGGCUGACGGGAAGCUUGUGCGCGGCGCUGCUGAGGAGGGAGGCGUCCAGUCCUCUGCGCCUCACUGUGUGGGACAAGGCCGAGGAUUCAGUUUUUAUGAUGAAUUGUUAGCUGGUGGCAUUUUGAAGCCUCUGACCUCUCCUAUUGAUGGAAUGGUGAUAAAAGAAGGAGAUUGUAACUUUGUAGCACCUCAUGGAGUUUCUUCAAUUAGUAAACAUUACUUGAAUCAAUCAGGUGCUGAUAUCUGCUUCAGACAAUGUGUGACUCAGAUCAAUUUGAGAAACAACAAGUGGGAAGUCUCCAGGGAAACAGGCUCCUCUGAGCAGUUUGAUAUCGUUGUCCUCACGAUGCCCGCUCCUCAGAUUCUGCAGCUUCAAGGUGACAUCGCCAACUUAAUUAGUGAAUGCCAAAGGCAGCAACUGGAGUCUGUGAGCUACUCCUCUCGCUACGCUCUGGGCCUCUUUUAUGAAGCUGGCACGAAGAUUGAUGUCCCUUGGGCUGGGCGGUACAUCACCAGUAAUCCCUGCAUUCGCUUCAUCUCCAUUGAUAAUAAGAAACGCAAUAUAGAGUCAUCAGAAAUCGGACCUUCCCUUGUGAUUCACACCACUGUCCCAUUUGGAGUUACAUACUUGGAACACAGCAUUGAGGAUGUGCAGGAGUUAAUCUUCCAGCAGCUGGAAAACAUUUUGCCUGGUUUGCCUCAGCCAGUAGCUACCAAAUGCCAGAAAUGGAGACAUUCACAGGUUACAAAUGCUGCUGCCAACUGUCUUGGUCAAAUGACUCUUCAUCUCCAGCCUUUUCUUGUGUGUGGAGGGGAUGGAUUUACUCAGUCCAACUUUGAUGGCUGCAUCACUUCCGCCUUAUGUGUUCUGGAAGCUUUAAAGAAUCAUAUUUAGUACUGCUUGUAUUCUUAUUUUUCACAUGUACUUUGGGGUUUUUGUUUUCACAAUUUUCUGUCAUUGAUUAUUUUGUUUUCUCUUUUGUUGAGAGAAAUUACUGGAAAAAUUGUUCUUUACUGAUUAUUAUUUUUCACAUGGAGUAUAAAAUAAAUUUUAUAAUUUCAGUACUUACAACUCCUACAAGAAUGAAAAAUCCUUUGUACUUUAUACUUUUCUCCACUUUUCUGAAUUGCCGUGUUUACCCACUCCUUGUUGGAGGCAAAGCAGUGCUUAAGAAAAAGCAAAGAGCUCUCCCUCCAAAUUAUGUCAAAUCCAAGUAGCAGUUCAUGUUCACAGACCUUUGUUGUCCUUUUGAAAAUUUCAGUCCCAAAUAAAGAAUAGUGUUUAUCAAGAUAUCGUGAUAAAUCUUCAAGUAUAUCCUUGAUUUGAUAUUUUUGCAAAUUGCUGAGCUACAAGAUUUCUCCACACUGUGGAAACAAAGGGUAAUUUUUGUUUCUCGUUUCUCUUCCAAGUUAUUAAAUGCUCCUGAAUUGUAGGUCACGUAUGUCAUCAUCUCUAAGAACGCAGUUUGGAGGGCAACUUGACUGACAAAGAAAUGUCUCUUCAAAUUUUCAGAAAAUAACCAGAUUCAACUUGACUUUCCGAGUCACACAGUACUUCUUAACCUUAAGAAAUCCAGCCCUAAUGGGAAAGAUAAAAAUUAAAUAGAAGCUGAGAGGAAUUAUAUUGAUCUUUACCGUGUGCUAUCUCCUGCGGCUAGUGCUGUUACUUUUAUGCCCUCUCCAGUGUGUGCUGUGGCAUUUAGACUGUGUCAAGUUUAAUGAAUUUAAUACAAAAAAUUUUUACUGAACCAGAAAAUAGAUGCACUUAAAAUAGUUCAAUAUUUGCCAACUUAGCGGUUCAGCAUAUCAGCCACAUGCAUCAGUGACAACCCAUGACUUGCUGGCUCGAGAGAAAUUGAUCCCCAGCCUUCUGAACAAGCUACUUGUUGCUAAUUUAGAAAGCAAACUGGUGAGUUCCAUUUUGUCAUUUUGAAAGGAAGGAAGUCAUCACAGCCUCUCAGAUCACUGCAGUCUCUCAAACUAAGAAAAGUUCCACAAAAGACCCCUUAGCUUGGUAGUAUUUAAAAUCUCACACUGACAUGCCCACUAUCAGGCAUGCACAGGCAUGGGCAGAACUUGUUUAUGUAACUACAGAGUGGGUUUUUUCUAUGGAAUGUUCUUAUACAUCUCCUACUUGUGAUCAAUUGAUGGAAAACUGAAAUGCCUACGUGUGGUUAACGUCACUUAUUUUUGAAAAUAUAGAAAGGAA